AUGCGAGUUGCAACCGCGUCAGCGUCAUGUGACCGAGCUGUGAGCGAAAGAGGCGGGAAAGUCAGAGACACCCACCCCGGACACACCAACUCCCCCUGCCUCAGACACCUUAACUACGCCUGCCCCAGACACACCAACUCCCCCUGCCUCAGACACCCCAACUACGCCUGCCCCAGACACACCAACUCCCCCUGCCCCAGACACACCAACUCCCCCUGCCCCAGACAACCACCCUGGACACACCAACUGCCCCAGACACACCAACUCUGCCUGCCCCAGACACACCAACUCCCCCUGCCCCAGACACACCAACUCCCCCUGCCCCAGACACCCACCCCAGAAACACCAACUGCUCCAGACACACCAACUCCCACUGCCCCAGACACCCACCCCAGAAACACCAACUGCUCCAGACACACCAACUCCCACUGCCCCAGACACCCACCCCAGAAACACCAACUGCCCCAGACACACCAACUCCCACUGCCCCAGACACCCACCCCAGAAACACCAACUGCCCCAGACACACCAACUCCCACUGCCCCAGACACCCACCCCAGAAACACCAACUGCCCCAGACACACCAACUCCCACUGCCCCAGACACCCACCCCAGAAACACCAACUGCCCCAGACACCCCAACUCCGCCUGCCCCAGACACACCAACUCCGCCUGCCCCAGACACCAACUUCCCCUGCCCCAGACACACCAACUCCCCCUGCCCCAGACACCCACCCCGGACACACCAACUUCCCCUGCCUCAGACACCCCAACUACGCCUGCCCCAGAAACACCAACUCCCCCCACCCCAGACAGACCAACUCCCCCCGCCCCAGACACCCAAACUCCCCCUGCCUCAGACACCCCAACUCCUCCUGCCUCAGACACCCCAACUCCUCCUGCCCCAGACACACCAACUUCCCCUGCCCCAGACACACCAACUCCCCCCGCCCCAGACACCCAAACUUCCCCUGCCCCAGACACCCAAACUCCCCCCGCCCCAGACACCCAAACUCCCCCUGCCCCAGAUAUACCAACAUCCCCUGACCCAGACAAUCCACCCCAGACACACCAAAUCCCCCUGCCUCAGAAACACCAACUCCCCCUGCCCCAGACACCCACCCCGGACACACCAACUCCCCCUGCCUCAGACACACCAACUCCCCCUGCCCCAGACACCCACCCCACACACCAACUCCCCCUGACCCAGACACACCAACUUUCCCUGCCCCAGACACCCACCCCGGUCACCCCAACUCCCCUGCCUCAGACACCCCAACUCCCCCUGCCCCAGACAACCCAACUCCCCCUGCCCCAGACACACCAACUUCCCCUGUCCCAGACACACCAACUUCCCCUGUCCCAGACACCCAAACUCCCCCUGCCCCAGACACACCACCCCAACUCCCCCCAGACACCACGACACUCUCUAUUCAUUACUCCUCACAGCCCUGGCUCCUCUCAGACUGCCUAUGGUGGAGGGGCAGGUGUAGCUCCCUGGGUGAGAGACCACUGGCACCCCUGCCACCCCUACCACUAUCCUAUCUCUAUCCCUGCAACAAAAAACAGCUUCUGUAUAAACUAUAAGUUCUCUCUACGGGACUGUGACUUACCGUUCCUCUCUUCAUGAUGGGCUGACUGAUGAGUGAUCUGCCCGCUGCUCUGAGAUGUGAUAAAAUGUAUAUGUACAUAGCGCCAUCAUACUCUAGCGCUGUGCAGUUGGUGCCAACUAGCAAUAACACAAGACUGGGUAAUACCAGAUUUACAGUGCCCUACUGUGCAUGUUGGCGUAUACAGUACAUCUUCCCAUAAACAGCAGCAGAGGAACUGCCUUUACUGUGGGUUGUUCAGAUUAAUGAUCCAGGCACACACUGAUGAACGGCAAUGGAGAAACGUGCCUUGCCAGGAGGAACUGGAAUAUUAGGCAGCGAGCUCCAGGUAUUCAUGUUACACAACGGAGGGAUUAUAGUGUGACUCAUGUCUCCAGGUGACGUCUCUGAGGACAACAUGUCCUAAUAUGGAGAAUAGGCGCUGCAUGUAAACACACAGGCCUGGGAGACUGACACACCUGUCUGCAGCUGAUUGUACGGUGUAUGGCCUCUUAGUGCUGGGUUCUGCAUUCAGCGUGGCAACGAUCGGGAAGAGGAAGACGGCUGUCAGCGGAGUGUAACUCCCACUGUGGACGGCGUCCUGUCCUGGUGCCAGGACAGAAAUGAGAGAAUGUGUAACUGCGGCAUGAUUGCGCCACAUGCAAGAUAUUGGAGCUACGCUUACUCGCAGUGAAGAGGUGGCACUAGUGGACUCCCUGCCAACGUGUGUGUGGCAAUUGUGUUUAAAGGGCAGCAGAGUCCAUGCAGUGUGUGUAUUGUCUUCACCCACUUGUAUGUACAGUGUAGGUAUGUGUAUCACCUGAUCCCUCCAUCUGCUUGCUGUGUAUUCCUGCUCCGACUGGAGCGAAUAAGCUUCUACUGCUUGUAUCCUGUGACGGUAUCCGGACUCCAGGUUGACACCACUUAGGUCGACACAGACAAAAAGUCGACAAGAAUUUUUCACUUUUUUUUUUUUUUACUUUUUCAUACUUUA